AUGCCAAAAUCAAAACGCGAUCAACAUCUAACAUUAACAAAAACAAAACGUAAACGUGGCGUUGAAUUAAAACAACAACUCGUUUCAAAAAUUCACUCGAAUCUAGAUAAAUAUUCAUCAUUAUAUGUACUAAAAAUCUACAAUGAACGAAAUGAAAAACUUCAUUAUAUUCGUAAACAUUUAUCGGAUAGUCAAUUUUUUUUUGGCAAAAAUUGUGUUAUGUCCUUUGCAUUAGGUCGAACACCCAGUCUAGAAUAUCUAAAAAAUUUAUCAAAGAUCACACCGUAUUUAUUGGGAAAAAUUGGUCUGCUAAUGACAAAUCGCGACCAAAAAGAAAUUAUAGAGUAUUUUAACUCAUUAUCACUAUUAGAUUAUGCUAGAAGUGGUAAUGUGGCAACAGAAACGGUGAUAAUUGAGCAAGGACUAUUACCAGACUUUCAACAUACAAUGGAACCCAUGCUGAGACAGUUAGGAUUAAUGACAUCGUUGAAAAAAGGUAUCAUUUAUUUAGAAAAAGUCUAUACAGUUUGUAAAAAAGGGGAUAUUUUAACACCCGAACAAGCAAAACUAUUAAAAUUAUUUCAGUAUCAACAAUCAGAAUUCAAAGUUCGAAUUAAAGCUGUUUGGACAAAAAAUGAUGGCUGUAUUCAAGUGUUUGACAUUCAAGACGAUACGAUAAUUGAUAAUGACAUGAAAGUUGAUGAUAUUGAAGAACAGUUAUUCGUGGGCGACGAAGAAAACUGGAUAGAUGAUGAAGGGCAAACACAACACGAAACAAAUAGAAAAAAAUCACGAAAAAUCUGA